AUGAUUGAUGUCACAAUGCAGACUCGUCUACGAUUCGAGAAGGCCUGUCGAUUGUUCAUCUCGAAGUAUGACUCCGUUUUACCGUCAUUCUCCAAUACUACUUUUCGAGGAUGGUGUUGGAAUGAGUACAACGACUUGCCCAGUUUCGGUUACAUGUCUCGCAGUACUGCGCUAACAGUGAGAUUAUCAACUAGAGCUUCCGUUGUUGACGAUGCGGAACAAAUUAUCGAUGAAGCUGUGGAUGAGGCAUCGCUACGAUCUCCGGGGACGCAAACUUUCGCCUGUCGUCAGUACGUUGUUUAUUCGGCAACUUUUCAAGUACCUUGCCUAUAUUUCACAAUAAGUCAUUCGAAUGGAACGCCGCUUUCGGCGGAUGAAUUGGUCCAUACAUCUUUGUUUCAUUCUGCCACCCUAGAUUCUACAACAACAACAUCUUUUGCUGUUACCCAUCCCAGUUCAUUGUUCCCACUCCUCAGCCAGGGCGAUCACCCGAGCCUUGGAACGCCUUGCUGGUACUUGCAUCCGUGUGAAACGGUGAAGUCCAUGCAAGAAGUACUAGCAGAAGACAAGACGGAGAUGAGCAAAGAGGAACGACUAGUACGCUGGCUGGAAGUAUGGUUUCUUGUUAUAGGCAACAUGGUUGACCUGAGAGUAUGA